AUGAACGUCCUCGCGCUCCCGGCUCGCGCCCUGCGUCCAGCUGCGCCGCAGCGCUGCGCCCUCUACAGGCGGCCCGUUCCAAGGCGCCUAGACGCGCAAAUCGUUCGCGUGGACCCGUUCCAGUCCCUCGACGACGACGAGUCCAGCCAGGCCCCUGUCUCGCGGUCGAGGCACGGCAAGUCGUACGAGUCGCAGACCCGCCGCCGUGGGCGGCCUGCCUGGAAGCGCAAGCCGGAGGACACCCCCCUGCGCGACGGGAACCGCGACCGGUUGAUAGGUCUUCUGACGCUCCAGGCGGCCAAGACACUUGCGUACUACCUCAGCGAAACCAACCUGCCUGUCUACUGCUGGUUCGUCGAGUACAUGCAAGAGAACCGCAUCCCGCGCAACGGAAGCUGGGACGAGGUCUCCGGCGAGGCCUUCCUCCGCGGCCUGCUCAGCCAGCCCGUGCAGGAGGCCCGAUGGAAGGUGUCGCGCGACGCGCUGUACGACAACUUCGGCGGGGCGUCGGUGGACCCGCGGUCGAUCGCGCAGCGCGUGAUGGACAUCCGGAAGGUCCUCGCGAAGGAGUUCAUCCAGGACCUGUCGGACAUCGAGGAGGAGAACAACAUCUUGUACCGCGAGACAUUGCAGACGUCGAUUCGGAACAGUCUGAGCAUGUCGCUGGACGACGUGGACGAGGACUAG